ACAGCCAAUCGGAAGGGCAGUGGCAUUGUUGUUGUGCUGUCACAGAGGGUUGCGCCGUGGAGCAGCUGGCCCGGCCCGCUGCCGCCGCGGAGUGAGAGUCUUGGCGAGGCCCGAGGCCCGCGCCCCUUCCUCUCGGUCGCGCCUUCGCCGGCCCCGCAGCGGGCGGGGCGAUGCAGCCCCCGGGCCCCCAGCAGCCGCCCCUCUACGCGCCCAGCAACGGGGACUUCACCUUCGUCUCCUCGGCCGAGGCGGAAGAUCUUAGUGGCUCUAUAGCAUCUCCAGAUGUUAAGCUAAAUCUUGGAGGAGGAGGAGGAGGGGGAGAGUUCAUCAAAGAAUCUACUGCAACAACAUUUUUGAGACAGAGAGGAUAUGGCUGGCUUCUGGAAGUAGAAGAUGAUGAUCCAGAAGAUAACAAGCCACUUCUGGAGGAACUGGACAUUGAUCUGAAGGAUAUUUACUACAAAAUUCGAUGCGUGUUGAUGCCUAUGCCAUCUCUUGGGUUUAAUAGACAGGUAGUGAGAGAUAACCCUGAUUUUUGGGGCCCUCUGGCAGUUGUCCUCUUCUUCUCCAUGGUUUCAUUAUAUGGACAGUUCAAGGUGGUUUCUUGGAUUAUAACUAUAUGGAUAUUUGGAUCCUUGACAAUUUUUUUAUUGGCCAGGGUUCUUGGAGGAGAAGUUGCAUAUGGGCAAGUUCUUGGUGUGAUAGGAUAUUCUCUACUUCCACUCAUUGUAAUAGCACCUGUCCUCUUGGUGGUUGGAUCAUUUGAAGUUGUAUCUACACUAAUAAAACUGUUUGGAGUCUUUUGGGCUGCAUACAGUGCUGCUUCAUUACUAGUUGGAGAAGAAUUUAAGACUAAGAAGCCCCUUCUGAUUUAUCCAAUCUUUUUAUUAUACAUCUACUUCUUGUCCUUAUACACUGGGGUGUGACCUGAAGUGUUGGAUGUGGCCAGAAACAAUAUUUUAUUCACAUGCAGACUGGUAAAACAUAAGAUUAAGGAGGCUGGAGAAAAUAGGAGUGACUGUUUUGUAUCCAGUUGUUGAAAAGUUUUAAGACCUAAACACACAUUUGUGUAUAUUAUUUAAUUAAGCAAUUAUAGCUAUGUGGAUUUGUAUCAGAGUUCUAGGUUUAAGAUUCUUUAGAUUUUCAUGAAAUAAUAUAAGAACUUUGUGUUUUAUAAGAUUGUGUAGCAAAAAUACAGCUUGAUACCUGUGCCAUAAGCACCAGGACCAGAUUACUAUAUUACAUUGAAUGGGAAUAUGAAAAAAUAUUGGUAAUGGUCUCAAAGUGCAAUUUUUAUUUUCAGUUAAACAUAGCUGGCUUUUUUGGCACAGCAAAUUCUGUAUAUAUUUAUGAAACAGUCCUGAUGGUUCACCGAAUAGGCUCUAUAAUUGAGACAUGAAGAUAUUAGUAUUUUUUAUGUUAAAGCCCCAGAUUUCUUUGAUUUGGCGUUUGAGAUUUUAUAAAUUCUAAUUUAAUUUGGGGAAAAAAAGUGUACAUGUGUAUUUUGUAUCUAUUGCUUGUGUGUAGCAGAUAUACUCCUUGUUUAAGGACAUACAUUGGGUUUUCAACAC